AUAAUCUCAUCUCAAAUAAAAAAAAUUAAAAUGACAAAAAAGUCGUCACUGAUUCUGGUUGCAAUCAUAACCAAAUUUUUCACUACAUAUAAUCCGAUUACACCAAACAGAAACAGAGAUGAUCGAGCAAUGUCGACGACUAUAACAUUCUAUUUCUUCGUGCUACUUCUAGCAACACAACUUCCGGCGUCACUCGCCGGAAAGUGUACCACCACGACGGCGACAAAAACCUUCGAGAAAUGCAUCUCUCUUCCGACACAACAAGCUUCAAUCGCGUGGACAUACCAUCCACACAACGCAACUCUCGACCUCUGUUUCUUCGGUACUUUCAUCUCACCUUCCGGGUGGGUCGGGUGGGGGAUUAACCCGGAUUCUCCGGCGCAGAUGACCGGCUCUCGAGUCCUAGUCGCGUUUCCGGAUCCCAAUUCCGGCCAGCUCAUCCUCCUCCCUUACGUUCUUGAUUCCUCCGUCAAGCUCCAGAAAUCUCCUCUGCUUUCUCGUCCGCUUGACCUCCUCCGUCUCUCCUCCUCUUCCGCUUCUCUCUACGGCGGUAACAUAGCCACAAUCCGUAACGGCGCCUCCGUUCAGAUUUACGCCUCCGUGAAACUCUCGUCGAACAACACCAAGAUCCAUCAUGUUUGGAACAGAGGUCUCUACGUUCAAGGCUACUCUCCAACCAUUCAUCCCACUACUUCCACUGAUCUCUCCUCCUUCUCCACAUUCGAUGUCACUUCAGGAUUUGCGACGGUUAAACGGAACAGCGGUACAAGAGUUUUGAAAGUGAUACACGGAGUAAUCAAUGCGGUGGCGUGGGGAUUUCUCCUCCCGGCGGGAGCGGUAACAGCUCGAUACCUCCGUCAAAUGCAAUCAGUGGGACCUACUUGGUUCUACAUCCACGCAGCAAUACAGCUAACCGGUUUCCUCCUGGGAACAAUCGGUUUCUCGCUCGGAAUCAUCCUCGGCCGGGAUUCUCCAGGAGUAACCUACGGGUUACACCGGAGCCUCGGGAUAGCUACCUUCACUGCGGCGGGGCUGCAAACGCUGGCUCUGCUAUUCAGGCCAAAGACGACCAACAAGUACAGGAGGUAUUGGAAGUCUUACCAUCAUUUUGUAGGGUACGGUUGCGUCGUGAUGGGAGUGGUGAAUGUGUUUCAAGGGUUCGAGGUUUUGAGGGAAGGGAGCUCGUACGCGAAGCUCGGUUACUGUAUGUGUCUCUCGACGCUUGUUGGUGUCUGUGUGGCCAUGGAAGUUAACUCGUGGGUUGUGUUUUGUCGCAAGGCUAAAGAGGAGAAGAUGAAGAGAGAUGGUUUGACCUGCGAUAAUAGAUGCGGUAGUGGGAUUCAUUCAUAGUUAGGUCUAAAGAGAGAGACAGAAAAGAAAACACAGUGUUGUAUCUUGAUUUUGAGGUAAUUUACAUUGUUGAGGACCUUGAGGAUGUGUUUUUCAUCACUGUAUCUUGAUUUUGUUAAAGUCAUUAUACUAAAAGAUCAGAGAAACUUUACCUAAA